CCGGCGCGGCCGGCACGGAGCCCCGGCACCGGCGGGUCCCGGCACGGAGCCCCGACACCGGCCGUGGGCUGGUCAGCAGCCACUCAGUCCGUCCGUCCCGGUACCGAGUGCUGAUACCGACUGGGCUCCGGUGUCGGCAGUGAGUUCGGGUGUGGAAGAGACGUUCCCCUCUUGAAGUGGCCUGGUGUGCAUCCUGAGCAGGAAGAGGAGCCCUUGGUUAUCCCAGCCACGAGUGGACCUGGGAGGAGGAGGAGCUGUGCUUUGACCUUGUGAGAAGCAUGGAUCAAAACUCAGACUCCUUGCUUUCCAGAAUAUUUACUGGGUAUGAUGAUCCUGAGAAUGCUGAAGUGUAUGAAGAUGAACUUUAUCCUGAGGAGUCAUCCAGUGAGCAGAGUGUUGAUAGUGAGGUGGAGUUUCAUCUCUACAGCCAGAUCCACUACUCCCAGGAUCUUGGAGAAAUCAGCACACUGGAAAGGGAUGAAGAAGCUGAUGCUGGAGAAGCCGUGGGUCAAAGCUCAGGUCUAACUGAGAAAGAGGAUGAAGAUGAGAACCUCAGUGAGCUCACUGAUGGUGGUACUCAGCUCACAGAGGAGCCCGAGGUCAUCGUCCUGUCUGACACCCCAGAUGAAGACAGCAUCUACAAAAGCAAGGCAAAGAGAUCAAGAUGCCCUUCAGCUCAAGGGAAAGCGCACACCCAGCCGGUCUCCUCCACACCAAAGCACACCAGAGCUGCGGGACGUGAUGCCCUGUGUCCCCCUGGGUCUGCUGUGGGCACACCAAGGCCGAGAGGCAGCAGCAGUGGCAGGCCUGCCCCAGUCCUUGCUGCUGGACCUCAGGCCCCCCAGGAUGUGCUGGUGAUAGGCAGCAGCUCGGAGGAGGAGAGCUUGGUCUCUGACAGUGAUGACAUCGAGAGCUGGAUGCUCCUGGGAGCUGGUGCUGAUGACAGGGAUGGAGACAUCAUGCUGAACCUCGAGGGCUGUGCCACUCCUGUCAGGAAAGGUUAG